CCGGCUCCACGAGGACCCUGCGAGGAGGAGCGGCGAGGGGCAGUGCGCAGGGGCGGCGGUGGGGCUGCUGGAGGCAGGAGGAUGGCAGCUCGGCCUGCGCUGAAAGCUGUCUUGGUGGAUCUCAACGGCACACUUCACAUUGAAGACUCAGCUGUGCCAGGCGCUCAGGAAGCUCUUAAAAGGCUGCGUAGUGCUCCGGUUACCAUUCGAUUUGUGACAAACACAACGAAGGAGUGCAAGAGAGAGCUGCUGGAGAGGCUAACGAAGCUGGGCUUUGACAUUGCAGAAAAUGAGAUCUUCACAUCUCUGACUGCAGCCAGGAACCUUCUGGAACAAAAGCAAGUGCGGCCACUCCUCCUGGUGGAUGAUAAGGCCCUGCCUGAUUUCACAGGAAUAGCCACUAAUGACCCCAACGCGGUGGUGAUAGGACUGGCUCCAGAGCACUUUCACUAUGAGAUGAUGAACAAAGCAUUUCGGUUGAUUUUGGAUGGGGCUCCUCUUAUAGCUAUACAUAAAGCCAGGUAUUUCAAGAAAAAAGAUGGCUUGGCUUUGGGACCUGGACCUUUUGUAACUGGGCUGGAAUACGCGACGGACACCAAAGCAACCGUGGUGGGGAAGCCAGAGAAAACCUUCUUCCUGGAAGCUCUGCGGGGGACUGACUGCACCCCAGAGGAUGCUGUCAUGAUUGGUGAUGACUGCAGGGAUGAUGUUGGAGGUGCUCAGAAGGCGGGUAUGCGUGGGAUUUUGGUACGAACUGGUAAAUAUCGACCAGCAGAUGAAGACAAAAUCAAUCCAGCUCCUUACUUAACCUGUGAGAAUUUCCCAGAGGCAGUGGAACAUAUCCUGGAGCGCCUGCUAUGAGAAGGAGGGGGGUGCUACGAGGAAGGGAAUAGUUUGAAGAAACAUCUGUUUCACAUAAUUUCCUUUACUCUUGCUUCAUAAAAUUGUCACAGGGUCAAUGCAUGCCUUGCAUCAGAAAACUAGCUGUGAGCUCCUUCCACUCUCAUCGUGAAAGGGCAGACGAUCCACAAAGCCCUUUUCCUGUAGUAGUUUCAGGAGGAUGUGAUAAGGGACUGUGGACACUCACAGAUGAGGCAUGCUGCAGCCUCCUGAAUGUAGUGCUCCCCAUGCCAGAGAGCUCUGUUUAUUUUCCGUUUUCAUGAAAUAACUGAUGAAAAGCCCUGUCUGGAAAGUGUCACAGUUCUGCUACUGAAUGAGCUAAACUAUGUAAAUAAACCUCAAAGACUAACAGAGCCUCAGUCAGCCUGUAGUGAUUUCACUGAGGAUGUUCCUGCUCUGCUCUAAUUUAAAGGUGGAGAUUAUGCACGUUUAGAAGUGACUUGAAAAUAUCACCAUUGUUUAAUAACAAUUACUGUUGGUAUCUUUCAUUAAGAACAGAUCCUGGGUUUUUUGCUUUGGAAAUCUGACAUAAAAUUAAAAACUGUCAGCAUUUUACAGAUGUUUUAAUUAGGUGCUGUUAUUAAAAAGAAUGAUACUGAAACAAAAACCUGCUAUUAAAUGCCUUUGAGACUGUGUCUUUUAAAAUUAGACUUCAGCGGGGUCCUAUUGAUGCUACAGUUGCAAAAUGUCACUGUUAUUGGAGGGUUUUGUUUCUUUUUAACAUUAUGGUGAAAAUCCCUCACAAGCCAUGGGGACAGAUUCCAGUUUUUACACAGUUGGUUAGCAGUAAAAUGAAAUUUAAUUCUGCAGUAUGCAGUGCUUCUCCUAUGCACCAAAUCCCCCAGUAUGAACUAACUUUGUAAUGAUGGUAAAUAGCUUUUCUGGUCCAUUUGCAAACUGCAAUAAUCCAAGUCCUUUACAGUUGUUUUACAGUGCUCCCGAGUGUUAAAUUAUCAGGUUUGUAAUUAUACAUUACUGGAUUAUUAACCUUAUUGAAAAAUACAGUUUUGUGUUAAUGAGC